AUGGUGAAGGAAGGAGGAAUCAGUGCAGUUGGAGAAAUCCCGUUGUUUGAUGAAACAGCAAGGAAGGCAGCACUCCAAGUUGUCUUGUCUAGCCCUCUGAUCGUUGGCAUGAAGCACAUCCUUGAGUUGGCAAAAAGUUACCCAUCUGGUUGGAGCCGAGCCCCCUGGAUACUCGAAAAGUUUCAAAUUCCGCGGCACCGGCAGAUUACAUCGAGCCAGGAAAGUAAGAUACCAGAGAUUCAGGCCAGUGCCAAACUCACAAGUCACGUGCCUAAUACAAUUCGCCCCGCCACCAAACAGGUAGUCUUCCUCUUCCUCAUGGAUUUUGUUGAAGCAAUCGAUGCAUUCAUUACAUAUAUCAAUCAAAUCUUGGAGGGUUGGGGUAAGAGAGGCAUCCAGUAA